AUGGACGUGUGUGACCACAUUUACUUGUUAGAAACAAGCCCUAUUUUAAAGUACUUACUGUUACACGAAGAAGAAAAAAAAGUUUGGGUGAAUAAAAUUUAUGAAGAUAGGGAAAGAUUUGGUGAAUUCCAUACUCUUUUCCCUAAACUCCUCGAGCAACCAGUAAAAUUUUAUGAAUAUAUGAGAAUGACACCUAAAACUUUUUUCUAUAUUCUUGAGAAAAUUCGUUUCCAGCUCCAAAAAUAUUCAAACUUCCGAAUUUGUAUUACACCUGAAGAAAGACUAGUAGUUACAUUAAGGUAA